AUGAAUUAGCUAGAAGAAAUAGUUAAAUAUGUUAUUUAUAAGUGCAGAGAAAACAAUCAUCCAGUAACUGAAACGCUUGCCGCUUUUGUUACCUAAACGAUUUACAAUCCAAAAACUGACAGAUUCUACUUGGAAGAUAAAUUGACUGCCUCUCAAGUUGAUGAACUCAAAGCAACUGUUCUUUAAAAAUUAUCUCAAAUAGAUAAGCCAAACAUGAAGACAAUAUAAAUGCAAAUAUCUUAUGACAGUGCUUACAUUGAAUCAGAAAUACAAAGAUAGGAGAGAAUAAAGAAUUAAAGUAUUGAAACUGGUAAGUUAACAGAUGAAGUUGUUUCUCUUGAAAUUAAAAAUGCUAAAGAUUUUGAAGGUCUCACCGUACUAUUUAAGAAAAUAUUUAAUUUUUUGCUUUACAAGAAUAAAGAACUUAUGUAUGAUGGAACUAAUAAAACUGGUAAUUAGGACUCUGAAAACUAAGCAACUUAAUUUAACAUUGAAAAGGAAGUUGCUGCAGGUCUUGAAAGUGUCAUUCCAAGAGCAGCUCUUGGACCUUUUGUUUCUCUAAAUCCAUCUGAAAAAGUGACUCAGUUAGUUGAAUUAUCUAAUUUGGUUAUUGGUAUUCGUCUUUUCAACAAAUGGAUCCAAAAAGGUGGUAUUGGCUUAGUUCCUUUCUAAGAUUUACUUGAAUAUGAAGGAAGAGACUUAAUUGAAAGAAUUCGUUAAGAGGCAUUUGAAGUAAUUGAAAAUUGUGAUAACUAUACUAUAUUCUUUUAGAAUGUUGGUCCUGGAAAAAUAAAAAUAAGUGAUGAACAAUUUAAAUAAUAUAAAGAUGAAUUAACAUUUUUAAGAUAAUAUCUUUCAUAUAUUCUUUCAAUUUAAGAAGACGUAGAUAUAUCUGAAAAUAGCGUUGAUUCUAAUUAAACAAGAUAUCUAAAAGAAAUUAAAGAUCUUGAAACACUUUUAAAGUAAAAGUCUUCAGCUCCUAAGGAGUAGGUCUAUCCCAAAUUUGCUACUUUGGCUCAAGCUUAUAUUUAAUUAUUAGAAGAAAAGAAGCUUUGUUUAACAAGAGUUAAGUUAUUCGAGUUACUCCAAGAAAUGAGAAAAGGAUUUAAGUUGACCCUACCCAGAAACUUAAUUCUCACUGCAAAAAAUAUCAGCCAAGAUCCAUCUAAUGAGGAAUAAGUAGAAAUUGAAUAUUCAGAAGACUGUGGUAUCGAGCGUCUUCUUCCUAAAAAUACUCCUGAUUUUAUGCAAACUCCUCUUGAUUAUUUAGGAUUUUGCUUGUGGUCAAUUGUAAAAAGAGAUGGUUUAUUGCUACCAGGUAAACCUGCUUUAGGUGUAUUUAGAUAUAAGGAUAAGAAUUGCGUUUUCUCUGAUGAAAAGAGCAUAAAUGAAUUUUUAAGUGAUCCUCAACAGUUUAUUUAAGGUGUAAUUAACUAAUGCAGAAAGAAUCCAGAAUUAAUUCACUUACUUAGAAUGGAUGAUUCAUUUAAAAACGUUAACUUGAACAUCUAUGUGUCUGGUUAAGAAGGAGGACACUAACUUUCUAAUAAAUUGAUGGUAGAUAAAGGUAUUGAAACUCCUCUUCACUUUGUUGAAAAGAGACUUGACCCUAACUACUGCUGGAACGAAUGGGAACUCAGAAAAAAAGCUUUACAAAUGGCUAAUAUUAGAAAAAGAUAAACCAAAGCCUGCCAAACUAUAUUAUCAAACUUUAAGGUAGAUUCAGAAGCUCAAACCUAUCUCCCCAAAGAUAACGAAACAAAUACUGGUAAAACAGAGUGGGACAUAAGAAAAUUCGCAAUAGAGCAAGCCAAGAAAAAGGGUAUAAUUGCUGGUACAGAUAGAGCUCCAUAUCCUAUUCAUCCUAGAAACUACAUAACUGGAUUAAGAGACAAAGACACUAAUUGA